GGGGAGGUGGCCGCCCAGCCUGCUCUGGGCCCUCCUCGAUGUGACUACUCUGACACGGUAUCCUCCUGCCCGGGAGAACGGAAGCAGAUCUGAGGACAUCUCUGUGACCAGACCAGAAUCCUGCCAACCCAGAUCCUUCCCCAGAACUGGACAUGGGGUCCAGUUCCCGGCCCCACCUCGGACUAAACCUAUUGCUGCUCCUGCUGGUGCUGCCACUUGGGGGCCAGGCCAGCACAGGCUGCUACGGGAUCCCCGGGAUGCCGGGCCUACCAGGGGCCCCCGGGAAGGACGGGUACGAUGGACUGCCGGGGCCCAAGGGCGAGCCAGGAAUCCCAGCUAUCCCUGGAACACGAGGACCCACGGGUCAGAAGGGAGAACCCGGCACACCUGGCUUUCCUGGGAAAAAUGGCCCCAUGGGAACCUCUGGGAUUCCAGGGGUUCCCGGCCUCAUGGGACCCCCAGGGGAGCCGGGGGAGGAGGGCAGAUACAAGCAGAAGCACCAGUCCGUGUUCACAGUCACACGGCAGACGGCCGAGUACCCCAGGCCCAACAGCCUGGUCAAGUUCAACAGAGUCAUCACCAAUCCACAGGGGGAUUACGACAUGAGCACUGGCAAGUUCACCUGCAAAGUCCCGGGGCUUUACUACUUUGUGUACCACACGUCGCAGACGGCCAACCUGUGCGUGCACCUGUACCGCAAUGGUACCAAGGUGACCACCUUCUGUGACCACAUGUCCAACAGCAAGCAGGUCAGCUCGGGCAGCGUGCUGCUGCGGCUGCAGGUGGGAGAGCAGGUGUGGCUGGCGGUCAAUGACUACAACGGCAUGGUGGGCAUCGAAGGCUCCGACAGCGUCUUCUCCGGCUUCCUGCUCUUUCCCGACUAGGGCAGUCAGGCCGGCUCCAGCCCCAGGGCCACCCCGUCUCCCUGAGCUUCCCCG